GCUCUGUCAGUAGGAAUAAGCGCCUCAAUGCAGGGCGGUGGGUGAGUGGAAGGAUGAUGCCAGUUACCUUCUUAUUGGGGUUCCCGUCAGCCCAUCCCGCUCCUCGUUUACAACACAACCCUGCUCACACUAUACCAGUAGCCCGGAGUGGGAUAUAGCUGCAUUCUUCAAACAGGGCAAUGGACUGAGCAAGAUCUUAAGGGCAGUCAAGUCCAGUACCUCCGAUUGAUGUUUUGUUCUGUCGAUCUCUCACCGAAUCGCCCCAAACCCAUGUGCUGCCCCACCGUACGGUAUCGCCAGGCCGAGCCAGCAUAACCACAGCACAAUGGUGUCUGCUUAUUUCAACACACCGCCAGCCAACGAAUUCGACGAGCAAAUAGCGGCAGGAUUAUUACUUCUUACCGGCCUUACUCCUGAUAUCAAAGACCCUAAAGAUGGAGUCACGAUUCCACCUUUCCGUCCAACAGACAACUACCACUUUGAGACUAAAGGUCCAGCCGUCAUAGCCGCACUCUCAGUGUGUAUGGUCAUCCUCACGGUUGUUACCUUCCUAAGACUGGGCAUUCGACUCUUCGUCCAUGGGGUCCGUUUUGGUGCCGAUGACUGGCUCAUCAUUCCAGCGUAUCUCCUCUCCAUGGCAUACCCAGCACUUCAAAUUGCUAUGGUUCAGCAUGGAGGAGCGGGAAAGCACUUUUACGACAUCACCUAUCAAGAAUACUUCCAUUACAAAUAUCUCGCGCCAUCAGCCGCCACUGUAUUCUACGUCUAUGUAGGACUUGUCAAAAUGAGCAUUGCCUUGUUCAAUGUCCGAUUGACAACUCUUACGACGCGGUUGUGGAAGAACGUCAACUGGGCGUUCUUCGCCACAUGUGCGGCCUAUACCGUCGCAGCACUGUUUCUGAACGUCUUCAAAUGCAACCCUCAGUACGCGAGUUUCAACCUGCUCCGGAUCGCCGAGUCGGGCAAGGUACCGAAGUGUUUGUCCGUCAACCACAUGAACACCAUCCUCCGCUUGAACCUCGCUCUAGACUUCACUGCUCUCGCCAUCCCGAUAAUUGUAUUGUGGAAAGUUCAGCUGAGCUGGAAGAGAAAGGCCCGCAUCUUUGCCCUGUUGUCCAUCGGCCUGAUCGCCUGCAUCGCGUCAGUAAUGACCCUUGUUUCGCAGUAUACCUUGGAGAAGGAUCCGCUAUGGAACUACACGACUCUACUGGCAUGGAUCAUGGUCGAGAUAGUCAUCAGUCUGGUCGCAGCUUGUGCUCCAACCCUUGCCUACCUUCUUCCGCGCUCUAUGCUCUCGAAGCACCAGGCGUCCAACAGCGCUAGCAAAUCGACAGGUCAAAAGGCAGCCACUGGCUUUGGUUCGCGACCGUCAAGGAACGACGACGCUUUACGGGCACGUUCUAUACAUGGAGAAGACGAGGACAGCGAAGAGGAGUUGGUGGAACGUCGCAUCGUCGUGAAGGAAGACAUUAAGAUGGAGUGGCAGGGCAACAGGCGCAGCAAUGCCCUCGGUGCGCAAGCGGGCCAGCAGUCAAAUGAAAACGGCAGCCUGACAAGCUGGUAUAGUGAUCAGAGCACAAAGACAGGCGCUGUUGUCUAUGAUGGCCGCCAGCACGGAGAGAGGACGAGAGUUUGGGUGAGCGCGGACAUGUCAGGCAGGAACAGUCCUGGUCAUGAAUUUCGCCCCGGACAGGCGAUAUGAAGCAUAUAGAGCAUGUUUGAAUUGUCUGAAUUAUACCCUUAUA